UCUGCUGUGGAUUCCUGAUAGCCGGUGACAGUAGACGCCUGCUCCGAUUUUUCUGACCGGGAUCCAGCGUUGGCGUGCGGUUCUGCCCUACAACAAAUAUGAGGGGUCAGGGUAGCCGCAGACAUGUUCAGGACCGUCAUCAGAGAGAUCCGAGAGACACUGCCCCCACAGACGCUCCACCUGACGGGGACGAUCCGCAGCUUCAGGCGGCGCCUGGGCCGCAGAGGGAGGCCCAGCAGCAGGUCGAGUACGAGAUUGAUGCCUCGGGGAGGUUAAAGGUCGCACCUGACGCUCUAAGGGAGCGGCUACAUGACAGCGGGAAGGUCUCCAGAGGCUUGCUGGACAUCUUUCGUUCCUGCUGGUUCAUAGAAGGUUCUUCCUGGAAGGGAUUGAAGGCGGAGCAGAAGACGUUCUACUGGGAGGAGUUCAAGAAGAAGUUUUGGUGGGACUCCAUCUACCCCGAGCAGGCGAUUAGAGAUGUCUUUAUGAGACAUGCUGCUAAUCGUUACAAGGACACAAUUCACGCGAUGAAGAGUGUUAGGGAUAACAGUGUCACAGAUGAUAUUUGGGCGGCAUGGAAUGCGAUUUGGGAUACGGCUGCGGCGAAGAGGAAGUCCGCCAUCGCUCGGGCUAACAGGAUGAGUGAGCCGUCAGGGCCCGGGACUGGACCGGUGCGCCACACGGCAGGAUCGCGCUCAGCUGUGAAGCAUAUGACCGUUUUGAGUCAGGAGCUCGGUCGUCCUGCGACAUUUGCUGAGUUGCAUGUUCGUAUGCACUCGACAAAGGACGAUCGGAACAAGUUUGUCGACAAGAGGUCGCAGGAUAAGCAUGAGCGUUUCCUUGCAGAGCGUGCAGCUGCGACCCAGUCCUCCCCGGCUGAGGGCAGUUCGUCGACCCCGCAGUCCAUCGACGAGAACGAACUGUUCUUGUCUCUCGAGGCGGUGAAGAAGCAGCGGGUUUACGGAGUUGGUUCAGCUGCAGCUUCGUACAUCGCGUCAUUCAAGGGCACCGGUGUACGCCGCGGCUCAUGCUCGUCGUCCCAGCAGACUCACUCGACUGAGGAUAUCGAGGAGCGGAUCCAGAGAGAGGUAUCCGCUCGGGUGCAAGGGAUGCGGGAAGAGAUUCAGAGGGAUGUGGAGUCUUCCGUCGACGAGCGGAUUGCUGAGAGGGUCCGCUCGGAGCUGGCAAAGAUGAUGAGCACUCUACCAGAAGCCAUGCGCCCCCCGCAGCCCCCCUCAGGUCCAGAUGACGAGGAUAUUACUAGACUCUAG